AUGCAUUACCUCUUCCUUUUGGGCUUUCCCGCAUUUACUUUAGCAUUUCCGGAACCACUGUCUUACAAGCGCAAUGAAGCUCCCCCUAGCAACGGAACCCUAUAUCCGGGCAAUUGCGAAUGGGGCCUUGAGGGCUGCUAUAACGAGCCCCCGACGGGACGAAUCCUUCAAUAUCUUACUUCCGACAAGUCGCUCACAGUGGAGAAGUGCUUUCAGAUAUGUUCUGCUUUCGAUUAUGCACUUGUCGAAUUUAGGACCGAGUGUUGGUGUGGGAAUGUGGUGAAUCCUACCGCGACCCCGUUCACUGGUGAAGGCACUGGCUGCAGACUUGCAUGUGCUGGUGAUGCAGGACAGCUCUGUGGUGGGCAAUCUAAGUAUGUAAAUUCACCUAGAUACCGGAAAAACUGCUGAUGGUUUGCUUCAGGGGCCUAUUGUAUAAGAGAAAGCCAGCGGGUGGUUGCUCUACCACCAGCCCAACUACUACUCCAACGGAUACAUCUACUUGCGUUGCUGCCACGAUCACUGUCACGGACCAUGUUACCGUCGAUAACCCCAUCACUAUUCCAACCACUCUGAUCGUUACUAAUGCUGUGACAUCUGACACUACUAUAUACAAUACUAUCACGCUCACUAAUAAUGUUCCUACUACUGUCAUCGAGACUGCUGCACCUUCAACUGUUACACAGACUACUCAGGUGGAUAAUCCAAUUACCAUUAUCGAGACCGCCGCUCCAUCCACUAUCACUCAGACAACCCGGGUGGAUAAGCCGGUUACGGUAACAGAGAUUGCCGCGCCGUCAACUGUCACCCAAACCACUCAAGUAGAUAAACCCGUCACCGUUACUGAAACUGCUGCACCCUCUACCAUCACGCAGACAGCUCAGAUCGAUAAACCAGUCACUGUCACAGAAACUGCUGCUCCGUCUACGGUCACCCAGACAACACAAGUCGACAAGCCCCUCACAGUCACCGUGACUUCUGGCCCGCUCACUCUAACCACAACCAAUGUGUUACCGACAACCGUGAUAGUAACCAAGAACCCGUCGGUAAGCACAACUACCACCACCAUCCGCACGACAAUCUCCAACUGCAGCCCAACUACCCCAACCAACACCAAAAAUCCCAAUCCAACCUGCAUGCCCAGCUCCGCUAUCCAAAACCCCUCGUGGGAACAACCUGGCUUCUGGGAUUAUGACUCCGACGGAUAUAAUUCCAUCUCGGACAACUAUUCCACCACCUCCUCCUUGGCCCACUCUGGCACACAUGUCUACCGUGCGCGAAUGAGCAAAGAUGGGCAUUGGGCCACGGCAAGCCAAUACGUCACCCUCUGCCCGUCAACAAAGUAUACCUUGAAAGUGUGGACCAAGAGACCUACCCAGAGCAGUGAGUGUGUUGCGACGUUCUACGUUGAUGGAGAGAUGGUCAUCGUCAGCCCUGAUACCUCCAGCACCGGAUGGGUGGCUGGUACUGGAAACUUCUACUCUGGGGAUGGCGGAAAGGCGAGUGUUAAGGUUAAGGUUAUUUGUGAGGGGAAUUGCGGAAGCGGAUAUAAUGAGAUGUUUGUUGACGAUGUGGCCAUCACACCGGCUUGA